AUGAACAGUACCCAGAGACAUCAUGGACACAAGAUAUAUACUGAUGGAUCUGCAACAAAUGCAGUGGAAAACGGAUGGGCUGGAAUAUACAUCAUGGACCCUAGUGACUACCGAGAGGAGGCACAUUUUCCUACAGGGAAACACUGCACAAACUAUGCUGCAGAGGUUGAGGCUCUCAUUCAUGCUGCCCACAUCAUCAGCACCAGAGAGGAGAACUGCUCACAUGUCAUCUUCUUGACAGAUGCUCUCUCUGCCCUCCAGGCUCUUGAAAACAACAAGCUUGACAGACUUUCAGAAGCCCUACAUCCUAUCAGCAGUGUCAACCAAGUCGUGUUACAAUGGAUCCCUGCUUACUGUGGCAUACCAGGAAAUGAAAAUGCAGACAGACUGGCAAAACUGGGUGCAGCUAAAGAACAGGACAACUGGGUGACAUACGAAGAGAUGAAAUCCCAUAUUAAAUCUCUCUACAGACCUCCCAAAUAA